ACACUACUAAUGAAGGCUGAGUAAAUUCCUCCUAGUUUGAAUGUAGUUCGCGUAACACGUUUAAAGUUGUCGACUUCAACGAUUCUCGCUCUAAAACUGCGAAAUGCUCCCAUGUUAAACCCGAACCUGCUAGCAACUGAACCUCGCUUAAAUGUCAUUCACAACUGAACGCUUACGUCAGUCCGUUCUCAGAGAGUUCGGAAGGGUCUUCUCUCUGUUGCCAGGGCAGAAGAUUCUUCUUGUGGAUGCGCAGCUGUUAAAAGCAAUCGACCGUGUGGCCAGCAUGUCCAUUUUAAGACAGUUGUCGGUCACAAAGGUGUUCAAAAUUGCCGAAAGUCCUCCGAAGGCGGACUAUGAGAGGAUUGCUUAUAUGGUCCCACCAGAGUUUAGCUCAUGCUUAUCGGUAAUUAAACAUUGUGAAGUGGAUCAAUCGAAAAAUAUCAAACGAACGAGAUUGAUAAUAUUUGUCCCCAAAGAGACUGUAGCAGUGACCUAUCUUUUGGAAUCUCGAGGUUUUCUUGGUCGACAUUUAUGUACCACAAGUUUAUCACUCAGUUGGAUUCAAUUAGAUACAGAUUUGUUAACAUUAAAUUUGCCGACGCUAUUUUCAGACUACUAUUUAUACAAAGAUUAUUGUUGGCCUCAUUAUAUGGGCAUGGAGUUGGGACGUUUGCUUAAAUUAACAAGUGAAAGUGAUUUAGCUCCCAUGGGUUGUCGAAUUCAUGCUUUCGGAGAGGCGUCCCAUGUUGUUACUGCUGGUAUUCGUUUAUACUGUAUUCAGUCAGGUCUGGUCAGUUUGGAUAGGAAGGUUUCAACUGUUAAUGGUACCCAGUCAAAUUAUCGAAGUAAUGUAUCUGUUUCUGAUGAAAGUGUCUUAACUCCUACCAACUCAUUAAAAAUUCUGGGCUCACAAUCAUCAUCUACGUCAUUGUCAACUAAUUCUGCACGUCCACCACCUUUGGUUCUUGUAUUCAGUCGUGAUCUGGAUUACAUAACUCCCCUUUUGGUUCCAAUGACAUUUGAAGCUCUGAUUCACGAAGUUGUUGGGAUAGAAUUAGGUCAAGUUGAAUUACCUCCAGAAUGUGCUGAUGAAUCGACCCCACAGAAACAAAUUCUUGAUAGCACAAAACUACACUACUACAAAGAUAUUAGAGAUGUCCAUAUAUCUCGUGUUCAUUCAUUACUUCUGGAUUGGCGUGGUAAACUUCAAGAUUCACGUGGUGAUUUAGAAAUGCAAUUGGUUAGUCAAAAAUCUGUUGUUCAGCAUAAACAGCAUUCUAGUUCAAACUCAAUUCAGACUACUAGUACUAUUAAUAACACCUGUAAUUUGCGGAAUAUUAGUACACGUCUAGGUCCAUUUUUAGCUAAAAGACGUGAAUUGUCAUUUCUUUUAGCAUGUUUAGAACAAGUAUUAUGUGCAAUGACAAUUAAAGAACGUGUGGAAGAUCUACGUACAGCACAAAGUUUAUUAUUACAAUCCGGUAGCGGGGGAUCUCUUGCAAUUGGUCAAGUUGGAAUUCCCUCUCUUGAUGAUGACAAUGAUGAUGGUGACUCUAAUGCUCCUGAUCGUAACCGAAAAUUUACUCCAGUUUCAAUUGGUGGUUCAUGUGGUAAUUUAGCAGAUGCUUUAAAUUCCUUACCUAUGCGUUUAGCUAUCGAAUGGUUGACUACACACCAUGGUGAUCAUCUAAUUGAUGGGCUCCGUCUGGUUGCAUUGAACUGUGUUUUACAUGAUGGCUUAGGUGAUGAAUUGUACGACGUAAUGAGUCGUGCCAUAAUACAUGCUGCUGGUCAAAUCACCUUCCCUAUGCUUGAAGCGUUAUCCUCACUUGGAUUAUUAUAUCCCCGUUCUAAACUCCCAGAAAUAUCAUCUGCAAAAAAAUCUAUUACAAACAAUCAUCCAACUGACCCACAAUCAAGCAUGUUUGUGGCGCAAACGAAUAACUCGACAAAAAAGUCCAGUCAUGCACUAACUCAUACUGUUGCCAAGCUGAAAUUAACACAACGACAAAAAUCUCGUUACAAUUAUCUACAUCAUUUGUUACAGUUGAGCAAUUGGAAUCAGGCCAAUCGACAUGUUGAUCGUACGGUUAUUUCACCUACAUAUGUUUAUUCUGGUCAACAUUGUCCUUUAGUUGUUCGGCUUUUAGAGUCUGUUUGGUCAGCUGGUCUUCUAGAUUCUAAAUUUCAAUCUGUUAAAUCAAACUCUUCUGCUGCUGAGCAAAAUCAUUCAGACUUUGAACUAAUUGCCCAGCCACAAUUAAUCGAAGCACUUAAACGAAUGGGUCUUCCAUCUGAAGUGAUUCUUUAAUUGAUUUGGUCCUAUAAGUGAGUAGAUUGUGAAGUUACUUAUAACUUGUUAAAAUGGUAUACAAGUAGGUUUCUUUUAAUUUUCAAUAGUAUCUCAUUACAAAGUGCUUUCAUUAAAUAUGAAAACCAUACAUUCAAUACAUUAUUUGCACAUCCUCCUUCAGUUGUCCUUUACAUUCUUCAUGAUUCUUUCAAUUCUGUUGUUAUUACAAUUGCUCUCGGUUUACAUUCCUGUUCUCUUCAAUUCAGUCUUCCGCUGCCAGGCAUUCCAGUUCAGAUUACUGCUACAUAGUACUUAUAUCUGUCAGCAUAAGUUGCAUACAUCAUAUAUACAUAUAUAUAACUUUUCCCGAAAUUUUCACAUCAUUCGUCUUAUGAUUUUCUCUAUUUUAUUUCAUAACAAAAGGUUCAACUAGAAAUCAGACACCUAUUAAUCUUUUUAAUUCAAAGACUAUUUCACAGAGAAUAAUUCUACUGUAUUGACGUUUUUACUUCACUUACGUAAUUUGAGAAUCGACUGAGAUAUCUGUGAAACCACUAUUAACGUAAACUUUUCCUUCUCAUAGUUAUUUUAGUUUAUUUGGUUUAUUAUUAUCAUUGCAAAAAUACUCAAGCGAAUACGAUUUCUUAAACUGAAUUAGUUCACUCAUUAAUUACCUUCUACAGUACGUGAUUUUCUAAUCCCAUGAUACAUGUAUCUUGCACACUAAUCAUAAUAAUGGAUUUAUAAUCCUGUCAUUGUAUAUAUCAACUAUUGAAAUAUUAUUAUUUUGUAGAGACCGCAAGUAAAUAAAUUUUUUAAAAUCAAGUUAAAGUAUUUUCUCUUUUUAUCCCAUAAGUUGCUUCAAAUCUGGGUCUCGUUAAUCUCUAUGAUCCAACAUUAACAGCUGCAGGAUAUCAGCAUGAUAUAUUUUUUAAGAAGAACCGUCCAAAUGCCCCAGCUCCACAUCCUUUACCUCUCGUAAGCACUGAUCAACCUAUUGUCGUAGCAUUUCCUGGCGGUUGUACAUAUGGUGAAGUUGCAGCUCUUAGAUUUGUUGCUAAACGGAGAAGAUGGAAUCUACUUAUUGCUACAUCGUGUAUUCUUACAUCACGAGACUUAUUACAGCAAGCUGGAAAAGCAGCAAUGAAUGUGAACUCUCUAUAGAUUUUAAAAUUUCCUGACAGGCAUUCUUUUAAUUGUCUCUUCAAAUUUUUGAUGUCCGAAUCUCUACUCUCAGGUUCUUUAUAUUUGCCUAAACUUAAACGUUUUCAGUUUUAUUGUUAUUUGUUCUACUUAAAUAAGGAAUCUUUUUUUGUUCUAUAGGUUUCUUGUAUAAAAACUAAUUUUGUUUGUUGUUAAAUAUGCGAUUUUGUAUAAAACUAACGUUUUUCUACAAUAAAAGCUCACUCCUUCCUAUUAUCAGUGUUAAUCAAUGAAUGCAUUUUUAUCAUUGUUUUUUCUUACAAUAUUUCCCAUACUGUUUUUGUUUGGUUUUCAUAAAUUAUUUUUACUUUUUAGUAAUUUUCAUUCUUUCUCUCAAUAAAUUAUAUUUUUCUGUAAUACAGUUUUGUUAAAUACUCUAUUCAUUUCAUUCAGAC